AUGAUCCUUAUUGAACCCUUUCACUCGGCUGUGAGAGACGUUGUUCUUGCUCAGCUUCAAGCCUACAAGAAUCACCUCCAAUAUCCUGAUAAAUUCCAAACAGUUGCUGACAUUAAUGACAAUGUAGCGGAUUUCGAUGGCAUACUCUACUCUAUUGUCCGAAAACCCGAUAGUAAUAUCCUCACCGUCAGCAUUUCACUUUCCUUCUACAAGGAAAUUGAAAAAUUUGGCGACUCUAAGGUUCUUGUUAGGGAAUAUGGAAGUUACCUAAAGCCUGGAGCAGAAUCGGGUACUUCGGUCACUCUGCAAUUCGACUGCAACCAUCUGCCAGAUAACUUGGAAGCUCUUGCCACAAAAGCCGCCUUACUUCGUCGAAAUUGUUUUGCCAGCGUGUUUGAGCAUUUCUUCGACUAUCAGGUGGCUAAUGCUUCUUCACCCUCGGCUAAAAUUCUCCAGGGAACUAUCCACUUCCGUUCUGAUGAGACAAUGUUCGUCCAAGCCAUGUCAGAUCGUGUGACUGUCAUCUUCAGCACUCGAUUUAAGGAUCCACACGAUAUUGUUCUGGGCAAGGUCUUCCUUCAGGAGUUCUCGGAGGCAAAGCGCCGUUAUGACGGAGCUCCACAAGUCAUUUAUCAACAUCGUGAUCCACCAAAAGAGCUUCGAGGCACGGAUGCAGUUUCUGGUGAAAAUAUCUUUUACAUCACUUUCGUUCUUUCGCCGCGCCACGUAUCCGCUCAGAAUCGUUCGAAAACCAUCGACCUUAUUCACCUCAUGCGUACGUACAUGCACUACCACAUCAAAUGCAUGAAGGCCUACUUGCAGAUGCGAAUGCGAGCCAAGACGAGCGAAUUUCUCAAAAUUCUUAACCGCGCUCAUCCCAAUGCGGACUCUGUCACCGCUAGAACCUAUGCUAUUAGCGAUUCAGACAUGUCGAGCAUUCAAAUGCUGAGGUCCUCUACGAGCUUCCGCAAGGUGCGUCCAAGUUAA